AUGUAUGUAUAUGCCACUACAUACAAAAGCCAAAGUAGUAUGUGUAGUUGUAAUUAAUGCAAAGAAAGGCACAGUCUUCUCCACAUCUACGUACAGCCACCACCCAACCUAUUUCUCUCUCUCUCUCUCUCUCUCUCUCUCUCUCUCUCUCUCUCUUCUCUCUUUCUCUCUCUAUCUCUCACACUCAAAACCCUAGCUUAACUACCUCUGCAAAAUUCAGAUUAAUUAGCUAAAAAGGAUCAACAAUGGUUUCGGAGGAAUCGUCCCGACGAAAAUAGGCCAGACGACGACUCACAAAAUGGACGAACUGAAUCCGGAUGAAGAAGAAGGAGCGAACAAACGCCGGGCCCCAAACGACGCCGUCGAUCUGUACGGCGGCGUUGGUAGGUUCCACGGCUGGCCGUCGUCGCGAAUCGUUAGGGUUUCGAGAGCUUCCGGCGGAAAGGAUCGGCACAGCAAAGUUCUCACAUCGAAGGGGCUGAGAGACCGGCGGGUACGCCUCUCGGUGAACACCGCCAUCCAAUUUUACGAUUUACAGGAUCGAUUAGGGUUGGACCAGCCGAGCAAGGCGGUGGAGUGGCUGCUGAAGGCGGCGGCCGCCUCUAUCACCGAUCUGCCGCCGAUGAGUAAUCCAUUUCCUGAAAGCCCUAAGCAGCAGCUGAGCGAUGAGAAGAUAAAAUUAUCCAGCGCCGCCGGCAGUGAUCUGCUCGCAUUCGACUCCGGCGAAGUGGAUAUGGAUGGUGGUGAAAUCAGCUACCUCCGGCAGCAGAUGCCGACGAAAUCCUCCGCCUGUAGUAACAAUUCUGAAACUAGCAAGGGUUCUGGACUUUCUCUCUCUAGAUCUGAAAACUGGAUAAAAGCAGAUAAUAAGAAGGAAAAAGAGGGAGAAUCAUCUCACGUUGCCUCUUUCACCGAACUUUUGAGUGGAGGAAUCAACAGUUUCAACAACGCCCACAACGGCGGCUCGUUUCGUCAAAACCCUAAUAGAAGAGGCGGCGGUGGUGGUGGUGAUGCAAUUCAGUCAUCGGAUUACUUCAAAACCGGACUUUUAGGGCAACUGCAGUUUGCAAAUUCGCCCAAAUCAGUAGCGGCGGGGAGCAACCACCACCACCACCACCACAACCACAACGCGGAGUUCCAGAACUUCGCCUUCCCUGCCGCCGGAGGGAACGGUGGCAGUAGCGAAUACAAUCUGAACUUCACAAUCUCUUCAGCUAAUAAUUCGCCAGGCUUCACCGCCUUCAAUAGGGGGACCCUUCAGUCCAAUUCUCCGCCGCCGUCUCUGUUGUCUCAUGACAUCCAGAGGUUUAAUAAUCCUCCAGCAGACGACGGAUCUACUCCAAACUUCUUCAUCAGCGGCGGCGGCGCCGCCGCGCCGGUGCAGAACCACAACCAUUUCCUCUCCGGAUUCGACGCCGGCUUGCAUCUCUACUACGGCGACGCUCAUUCUAACAAGGGGAAACUAGAAAAGAAGUGAGUGUCAAAAACAUUUCUCCUUUAAUUCCUGGUAAUUUCAGUUUUCUGGUGUGUGUUGUGUGUAUUUAUUUUGAAUUUUUGAUUUCGUUUUUUAUUAGAAUAAUUAUUAU